GUGUGUGUGUGUCUCUGUGUGUGUGUUUGUCUGUGUGUGUGUUUGUCUCUGUGUCUCUCUGUGUGUGUCUCUCUGUGUGUGUUUUCUGUGUUACUGUGUGUCUCUGUGCGUGUCUGUGUGUGUUUGUCUGUGUGUGUGUGUGUGUCUCUGUGUGUGUGUUUGUCUGUGUGUGUGUUUGUCUCUGUGUCUCUCUGUGUGUGUCUCUCUGUGUGUGUUUUCUGUGUUACUGUGUGUGUCUCUGUGAGUGUGUCUCUGUGUGUGUGUCUGUGUGUGUAUGUCUCUGUGUGUGUGUGUUUUCUGUGUGUUACUGUGUGUGUCUCAGUGUGUGUCUGUGUGUGUGUUUUCUGUGUGUUACUGUGUGUGUCUCUGUGUGUCUGUUUUCUGUGUAUGAAAGGUUUCCCAAUACUCUGACAGGUCAGGACUGGAAGGUGUUCAGGUGAGGGGGCGUGUCCUGCAGGUGAGUUGUGUCUAAACCUGCUCACCUGGUUGCAGCAGAACAUUCCUGAACGUCUCAGUUUGGUCGGUCGUGUCGCUAAGCUAACUGCUACCAUGUCUCUGACUCUGUUCUACACCAGCGUGAGCUCCUCUGUGCAGAUUAAAAAGAGCCAGGAUAAGAUCAAGGCUGUCCUGGAGUCCCUGAAGAUCCCCUUCAUCAUGGUGGACAUCGCCCAGUCGUCUGAAGACAGGGAGACCAUGAGGAGAAUCUGUGGGAACCCGACAGCUCUUCCUCCUCAGCUGGCCCACGGAGACGUCUACUGUGGAGACUUUGCUGCUUUUGAAAACGCGAUAGAGGAAGAAAGAUUAGAAGAAUUCCUCAAACAGUGAAGCAGCUUACGACAGGGAGCAGCAACAAUCAAACCUGGAACAGAACAAAUUCAUGCCUGUCAGGAGAUGUUUAUUCAUGUUUGAGCAGAUCUGACACCUUCUAAAUGUUCUGCAGUAAAUUCUGUUUCCUGAGAAAUAAAAAUCCUUUCACACA